UCGUAUAUGUAGUAUGCAUAUGCAUGUAUGUACAUACGUGACAGCGCGAGUGGUGCAUGUUCUCGAUCUUGGAUCCACCUCCGAAGAGUUUGACAGAUGAUCGACCGUCAGCGUUUGGCGAGUACGACAAAGUGAGGAGCGACGAAAGCGCUAAGCCGACAUGGAGGCAGUGCCGAGGUUGCCGAUGAUAUGGUUUCAGCUGAAAGUCAGUCCGGAGCCGACCACUUUUGGGCCGAAGCUCAAACAGUACAUACAAGAUUUUUACAACGAGGACCCUGAGUCGUACACCAAUGAGAUACAUCAAUUGGAGAGUUUACGCUCGAUGGCGGUUAGACCACCAGGCGACAUGGCUGGAUGCGCGCUACUGAAGAAGUAUUAUUGCCAGUUGCAUUUUCUUCAAAGCAGAUUUCCCAUGCACAAGGAUGGCCCUGCGGCAGUCACGUUUACAUGGAGAGAUGCCUAUGCAAGUCUGGUGUGUUCAUUGAGUAGCAUCCGUUUCGAGAUAAUAUCGAUUUUAUACAAUAUUGGAGCAAUGCACACCCAGCUGGGCGCGCGGACCGAAAGAAACAGUGCGGAUGGAAUGAAGAUGGCGUGUACUCAUUUCCAAUGCGCGGCGUGGGCUUUCGAACACCUGAAGAACAGUUUUCCCCAGCCGUCUGGUAUUGACCUGUCGCCGGAAUUAAUGACCUUUAUGCUUCAGCUUUCCUUAGCGCAAGCUCAAGAAUGCAUAUUGGAAAAGAGCAUGCUGGAUAAUCGUAAGCCGACAAUUGUAGCAAAAGUUGCAAAGCAAAUAGUAGAUUACUUUACUAUGGCCCUAACCACGUUGGACCAAGGCGGAGCUGAAGAUGGAACUAUAUCCGAUACUGUGGGUAACAAAAUUUAUAAGAGCUGGAAACGGUAUGUCAAGUUUAAAAAAGCGUAUCAUAUGGCCGUGACGUAUCUUUAUCAAGGCCUUGCUGCAGAGGAACAAAGGAAGAUGGGAGAACGAGUAGCUUUUUAUAAUGCUGCGUUAGCAUCCCUUAAUGAAGCACACACGAUCUACGAUUUCGCAAACGUUAAGGAGGAAAAAGCUGCAGUGGAAGAGUCGCUCACGUUUACCAAUGAUGUAAUCGAAGGGAAGAGAAAGGCCGCUAAAAAUGAAAACGACUUUAUUUAUCACGAAGAAGUGCCUGAAAAAGAAAGCCUUCCUACAGUGAAAGGCGCGUCUUUAGUUAAAGGAAUAUCGUUUGAUAUAAAUGACCCAGAGGUAUCAGGACCAGAUAUAUUUGCAAGAUUUGUUCCUAUGAAAGUACACGAAGCUAAUUCUCUUUAUUCAGAGGAAAAAGCCAAAAUAUUGCGUUUUAUUGGAGCAAAAAUUGACGAAAAAGAUCAAUAUCUUAAUACUUAUCUUACUUCCUUGAAGCUGGAACACAUGAAUUUAUGGGAUCCUGAUGCACAAGGUUCAGAAUGGGAAUGCUUACCUCUGCCGGAAGAAUUGCUCGAACGAUGUGCUGCGCUUAAUGCAAAACAGCAUGUUAUUCAAGAUUUAGUAGAUAUUAUGGGAAAAUUAUCUGAAACAAGCCAAGAUGUUGAGAAAGUACUAAAGGAAAUAUCAAAAUUUUUGUUGGACGAGGAACAAAAGGAAAAGCAAUAUCAAGAUGCAGUAGGCAAAAGACCACCAUCGAUAGUAGCAACAGAUCUAACUAGAGAAGCUAAAAAAUAUGAGGAAGCUCACAAUAAAGCUUCUGAGAGUAAUCAAGCCCUCCAUAAAGCAAUAACAAUGCAUGUAAAGAAUUUAAAAAUUUUAGCGCAGCCAAUAGCUGAUUUAAUGGCCCAAAUUCCUUCACCAAACACAUACUUUGCAGAUCAAGGUUCGGAAAAAUCACAAACUAAAGAAUUAGAGAAACUACAUACUAAAGAGCUAAAACGUGUAUUAAAUAAAGUAGACGAGAUGCGAAUGCAGAGACUUGAUUUGCUUACUAAAUUACGGGAUCAAAUUGUCCAAGACGAUUUAACACGUUUACUAGUCACAGCUACGUCUGAAUCUGUCUCUCUAGAUCGUUUGUUUACGGACCAGCUUAGCAAGCAUCAAAGUUUGGUGAACUUGAUAGAACAAAAUCUUGCUGCUCAAGAUAAUAUAUUGGCGGCUUUAACGGACGCAUAUGCACAGACUGCAAAUGUACGUAAAAAUGUAGAGGAAGUAUUGAAGCGUAGAGAAAUGACCAUCUCUUCUUUAAUCAAUUCUUAUGACGCGUACGAGGAUUUGUUAGCGAAAUCGAGCAAAGGCUUAGAAUUCUACAGAAAAUUAGAAAUAAAUGUCUCGAAGCUAUUACAGCGAGUUAAAAGUACAUGCAAGGUACAAGAAGAAGAACGCGAACAGAUACUUGCUCAGGACAAUAAAAACGCAUAUGAGAAGACCGACGUGGCAAUACCGUCGACUUACGAUCAGGGACGUCCUCGAUCUGGUAAUGGUCUGAAGCUAAAGGAUUAUUUGAACAGCAGAGUGGAAGGUGGCACCGGUUAUCAAAAUCCAUAUUACAACUUAUACAAAGGGCACGUCGCAUCGAUGCAAAUGGAUUCGAAGUCAUUGGCAACUGAAAUGGGAAACAAAAAUGUAAUUCCAUCUCCAAGUACGAUACCCGUGUCGGAAAUUUCGUCCUCGGCUGUGAAGUCGUCGCAACAUUAUUACCCCGCAACGUACGCUGAUUAUAGAACAAGCUCUCCAUAUCCGUACGGUACACAGACUUAUUAUGAAAAUCCGGUUGCUAAUAGCAUCUUAAGUCAGAGCUACUUGCCGACCGCUACGAAUACUACGAACGUUUAUCAGCAACCAGCUCUAUCCACGCCAACUGCGGACGUAUCUAAUUCGAGUGUACAAUAUCCUGUCAGUUCCUAUCUACCUAACGGGCAAGCUCUGCCCGCAUCCGGACAAGAUAAAUUCCGCGACAUCUCUUCUAACUACAAUGUUUCUAAUACUGCUUUGCAGUAUGACGCUUAUCAGUCUCCAACGGGUUAUAAUAGUUAUAACAUUGCAACGCCGUAUGUUCCCAAUCAAGAGAAAGUUAAAAGCGGAACAGCUGAGACAUCCAUGCACGUCCAGCCAGUACCGCAAAUGCCCGUCUCGACGAUUGGAGCCGCAGCAGUGAGCAGCACCGUGUCGACAGAUGGUCAAGGGCAAGCUUCUUACAGCAUUAUGCAACAAGCUCAGCAAUAUGAUAAUCCACAGCAGACGACUUUAAAUCAAGAGAUGUUUCACGGUGGUCAGAACGCUGCUGGUUCUCAGCAAACGAUGCCAGCAAAGGACAAUACAUUGACGCAAAACUAUUCACUCCCUCAGACUGCUCACACCGAAAUCGCAUAUCCGCAAACCUAUCAGAAUACCACGUAUUACAAUCCGGCGGAACUACAAGCCCAGCGAGUCCCGUAUACUCAAGGCACGUACGACACAGCUGUCGUUCCUCCGACUCAAUAUAUGCAAUCGCAGCAACCGAGUGCGAGCAAUCAGUCUGUACAUUCUGUAUCGUCAACAAACGAAGUCCCGGUGUCGUACUCUUCGAGUUUACAUGGCGUUAAUCCUGUCCAGUAUCCGCAGCAAGCCGGUACAGAACCGAGUAAACAGAAUUACACGGAUAAAACGUAUGCCGCGUACGGCACGCAGAUGCCGAUGAACGCCGUCGCUUCGAAUUAUCCAAGUAAUUAUCAGAAUUAUCAGCAUGGCGCUACUGGUGCGCCGUACGAACAGACCAGCAUACUACCCGGAGAUACGUCCAGCACGUACGCCUAUAUAAAUAGCUCGAGUGGCUCGGAAAUAAUACAGAGUCACGCGAAACCGACGACGGUGCAGAGUUACUCGCAAUCGUAUCAAUAUUCGCAGCAGGCUCCUUAUUCGGGAUACGUGCAAUAUCCAAAUUAUACGCAGGGUCAAAAUUACGCCUAUAUCCAAGGCACACACGGAACUAAUACAAUGGCGUACACGUAUAAUCCUGCUAAUCAAGCGCAAGGCUACACUUACGUGUCUAAUCCCCAAGGUACACCGACUUCUCAAACAUUAAAGGCAACGGUUUCGGUAACAUCCUCCGAUGUUACGGCUACUUAUCAGCAGCAGGAGACAAAUGCAAGAUAUACGAACGCGGGCAAUAAUGCUGUAGUUAGUCAAACGCCAUCCUCGCAAUACAAUCAAGUUUAUCAGUCUCCAUCAGGAAACGAUACAGUAUACUAUACCACACCUUACGGUCUUCAAAUGCAGGGUCCAGCUGCUUCGGCCGCAACGAGACCUGAAACUCACACCAAUUAUAAUCAAACAUAUAUGCAAGCCGUCAACAAUGGAACGAACACAACGACAAGUGCUAAUCCGAUGAAGCUCACGACCAAGUCCGAGGAAGCGCAAUCGAACGUUGAUCUUCUUUCCGACCUCGACAUUACUAUAAACCAUGCGCCUCUAGUGCCAGAAGUGCGGCCACUUUCAGUACAGAAAAAAGAGGAGGCGACAACAGACAAUACUGCGGAAGGCAGUAACAAGACAGAAAAAGGCGAGCAAGACAAAUUCUGUAAAACUGAACAAGAAACCACAGCUUCUACUGAAGAUAAAAGUGAUCAUGAAAACUUGCAAAUCGUAUGGGAUACAUGGUACAAUGACGUUCAACCGAAGAAAGAUCCUCUAGGAGAACCAGCAGCGCUACAAAAGUUUAUUAAUAACGUUGAGAAAUAUGAAAAAUUCGUAGAUAGUUUACUCGUAAAAACUUUAAGUGGAGCCACGAAUCUUGAUAUUAAAUGGAAAGAAGUUCAGGACUUCGAAGAACGAGAAAAUGGAAAACAGUCGAGCACUGUAGCAUUAGCUCAUUCGUCCGAAAAUCGAACUAUUGAUUGUAUUCCAUACGACACGACACGGGUGCAAAUAUCGUCAUCGGAUGUUUCGUCAUACAUAAAUGCAUCUCAUAUCAUGGAAAUCACGCAGUGGAUACCCACAGCAUUUAUUAUAACUCAAGCACCUUUAGCAGAUAAAUUAAAUGUUUUUUGGACGAUGGUCUGGGAACAAGAAAGUGAAGUUAUUGCAUGCUUGGCAUCUGAUGCUCAGCUGAAUGGAGAGUUAUAUUGGCCCAUAAGUGAAGAAGACACCUUAGACAUUGGAAAUUUUACUAUUUCACUAAAAAAGAUAGUUAACCAUACAACUUAUAUUCAAAGAACUCUUUCUAUUCAACAUAAUAAAAAGAAAGCUGAGAGAGUCAUUGUACACAUGCAAUUUCUUGUGUGGCCUUCAAAUGGUUUUCCGAGUAGUCCCGGGGCUAUACUUGCAUUUUCAAGCGAUGUGAUGACAGAGCAGGCAUUAAGACGUUGUUCUCCCAAGCCCGUAAUAGUACAUUGUUUAGACGGCGGUUCGUUGAGCAGUCUGUUUUUAGUGGCUGCUGCGACUGUGUGUCACAUACGAGCUGCCUGUGGAAUCGUAGAUGUACCGCUGGUUUUUAAAGGCCUUGCGAAAUGUCGCAAACAAGUCGUAAAUAAGGAAUCAUUGUUAUUCGCAUACAGACUAGUAUUGUACCACGCUCAAGAUAUUUUAAUGAAACGCGGUAUUUUAUCAUCCACUCGAGCUACGUUUGAGAAUUUGGAUGGAUUCAGAGGGAACAAAGAGAAAACAUCGCGAAAGUUACAAUGCCAUCCUUCGGACGAUUUUCUUCAUAAUCUCGGCAUGGGAAUGCAGCGUCCUGAUUCUGAGCAAUCAGGAAAAACACAAACAAUUUUAACAAGCGACAGCACGUCGAGUAAAAGUUCAUCGUCACAAGAAAAAUCUAAUGGCAGAGUCAUCGAUCCCUUGAGUCAAUUGGAUCCUUUGUGGUCUAUCAGGAGAUAAUCACACAACGCUAGGAAUAUAAAUUCCACUAUGCAGCUUUAAACGAUUAUUUAAACGAAAUAGGCAUUCCUAUCUUUGUUAAAGUGAUUGAUAAAAGUAUCGAGCAAGAAUUUUUAAGAUAGCUUGUAUAAAUAAUGUUGUAAUAUGGAAUUAUAGAGUAACACAAUGCAUCUAAAUUAGCCUUGAAAUAAAAGACAUUUAUUCAAGUAUUUGUGUGCUAAUCCUUAAGUUUUAACAGUUUUACUGUCUGUUAAAUAUAUAGAAUAAAAAAUAUAAAACACA